CAGGUAGAAACUCGUGUAAACAAGUCCAGCUGAGACGUGGGAUCGCACAGAACCUUGGCAUGAUAGCUCGUGCCAGCCUCCUUAUCAGUACAUUUUGUCAGAUUGGGAACACUAGGAAAUUUCUGCAAAGUUGGAGGAGAGUGUUCAAGAUGCCUGAAAACAAAGUAGUUGUGACACACGAGGAAAAUGCUUCCAUUGUGGGAAUAUCGUUUAGAUACAAGAAUGAAGUUAGUCAAGUCGAUAGGACGUUUAAUUUGCAGAGAUCGAUAGACGAACAGCUCGCCAAUGUCCUGACGAGGAUCAGCAGCAACAUUGCGAAAGCAGCAAACAAGAAGAAGAAGAACAAGAAUAACCCGGUCGAGGUCCCCGUGAGGAUGAUGAGGACGGCGGACGAGGCGCCUGUGGAGGGCGACGACGUGACCUGCUUCAGGGCUUUCGUGGCAGGGGCCGAGGGGCACAGCCUACUGAUCGGUGAAGACAAGUACAGCAUCGAUGUGAAUCCACCCAUAGUCAAGACAGUAGACCUUCCAAAAAGCAUGAUGGCUGGAUUCCCUGUUUACCCCAAUAAAUUUGAGGUCAUGUUUGCAAACAAGGAAAGCUGUAUUCUCAAAUGGUUCAAAAGUGAUCUGAGAUUUGACACAGUCAAGGAAGCUCAAAGCAAAUUAAAUCAAGUAGUUUGGUUGGAAGUAAACAGUGGCUACAAUUGUUACACCACCAAUGAUGACAUAGGAAGAUUAAUAAAGGU